AUGACCGAUUUCAAACUUCCAAGAGAUACCGAAUUUUAUUCGGUAACUCUCACAUCAGUCGCCUUUCAAUCAUUAAACCUGUUAGGAUCUGCCUACGUAUAUUAUAGAACAUUUCUAUAUUGGCGAGCGAGAGAGUAUGGAUCUUUAGCAAUGUCACAUCGAUUGCCAUUAUAUGCCGCGUCAACAGAUUUUUUGACUGCAGGAUUGAAUGUUAUUAACGCGGCCUAUACAUUUUUUCAUUCGAAGACACUGCCAGAAGUGCCAUGUGCUGCCAUUGGAUGGGCUACUGCGAUUUUGAGUUUUCUAAAUCAAUUCAUGUUUCUUGGAAUCUCUAUUAUAACUUAUUUAAGAGUGUGUCAACACAAAUCCAUAGAGCUUGGUCGAUUCGACUAUAAACUUCUUUUAUUUAGUUGUUGUUUUACUACAAUCACGCUUACAAUUGUUUCCCGAGAUGGAUAUGGUGCUCAAAAAUAUUGGUGUGCAAACAAAUUCAACGCACGACUAUCAUUAAUCAUGCCAAUAGUUGAAAUCUCUUUCGUCGCAAUGGUCGCGCUAUUUUGCUACGUGGCAAUUUUGCGAGCACUCGUACGCAAUCGUCGAGAAUUGAAAAAAGGCACACUCUCUGCUUCUCAAAGUCAUAUGAUGAACCGGAUUGAGGAAAGAGUAACGAGAAAAAUCAUAGCUUAUGUUCUCUUCUUUAAUUUUCAAUGGCUUCCCAUUGUUGUGUAUGCACUUGCCGCUUUAAUCGAGCAAGCCGAAACAGAAACAUGGGUUUAUUAUGUAGGCGUCAUUGGCUUAAGUUUCGGUGGAAUCGGAAAUGCAUUAGCAUAUAUAAUGAAUGAGGGUUGGAUACCAAAUUAUAACACCUCAUCAUUCGAAUCGCAAAAACUCGUCCCACUUUCAG